AUGUCGGUGACUUUACAUACAACUGCUGGAAAUAUAAAAAUUGAAUUGUUUUGUGAAAAGUGUCCAAAGAGUAGUGAGAAUUUCCUCGCCUUAUGUGCCAGUGGACAAUACAAUGAUUGUAUUUUUCAUCGCAAUAUAAAGUCCUUUUUAGUCCAAAGCGGUGAUCCAACAAAUCGAGGUUCUGGCGGUCAAUCUAUUUGGGGAGCGCCUUUUGAGGACGAAUUUUAUGAAGAUAUUAAGGUUUUUUUUAAUUAUUCUUCCCUCUAG